UCGUCAAAUAUUCAAUGCAGAUGAAACUGGUUUUCACUGGAAACAGCAGCCAAGAUCAACCAUAAUCGCCAAACAAAAGAAGCCUAGAGGGCACAAGGAAAGUAAACAGCGUUUCAGUGUUCUCUUUACGGUCAAUGCAACUGGUGACUGUAAACUGAAGCCACUUGUUCUCUACACCGCUGCUCGCCCUCGACCUUAUCGUCACAAGGACAUGAAAAAUCUAAAUGUGCACUGGGUCUCCAACAAGAAAGGGUACAUGACAACUGUUACCUUCUUAGAUUGGUUCGAUAACCACUUCAUACCCGAAGGAAAGGAAUACUGCGAGAGGAACAAUCUAGCCUUCAAGCUCAUGCUUCUGCUGGACAACGCACCCGGGCAUCCAACGUUUCUGAGAGGCCGUCAUCCUAACUGCGAGGUCGUGUUCCUUCCCCCUAACACAACCUCCAUAAUACAGCCCUUGGAUCAAGAAAUAAUCGCCAAUGUCAAGCUAGAAUUCUACAGGAGAACUUGGAAGAAGCUUGAAGAAGCACUGGACACUGAUGAUAUCCUUCUGCAAGUGGAGGAGGAGAUUGACGAGCCAGACCAGCAGACAGGCGACCCUUCAGCAGAGCUGCAAGUGGAGGAGGAGAUUGACGAGCCAGACAAGCAGACAGGCGACCCUUCAGCAGAGAGACAGCUGCAGGUGGAUGAUGUGCACGUGAGUGAUGAGCCAUACGGCCAGACAGGUGUUCAUCCACAAGCAGAGGUAUGUAUGUUUGUGCGUACGUCUGGCAACGCUACUCAUGCCCCCUUCAUUACAACCUAUGACAUCGUACGUUUUUUUUUUUUUUAACACUUCUUGUUGUUUAGGUUGACCCAUCAGAGUUUAUUUUUCAUGUAUUUCAGUCAGCCAUGCCACUGACCACUGCAGAGGUUGGGGCCCCACACCACUCACAGACAGUGCAGCACACACCUGAUACAACAUUCCAAGCAGCGCCGCCAGGCAGACCCAAGCAGAUUAUGACUGCACAGACUUUCUUUUGUAAUUUUAAUAUCAAGAAAGCAGUGGACUUAAUGGUAGAAUGCUGGCACUUUGUCAAUAUUGCAACGGUGAAGCAUGGAUGGAGGAAGGUUCUCCCGUGGGUGAAGACAGAAAU